AAAACACGAUUUAAUCGAUUAAUUGCAGCGAAUAUACGCUGUUUUAAAAUUAAUCGAAUAAUCGCCUGAGUUAUUUUUUAAUCAAAGCUAAGUGUCAACUUGUAGCACAAAUGACUGGGACUGAAUGGAUCGGUGUUUAAAUGUAACUUAGAGUUCAGGCCUUCACCGCUCAACGUCGGACUGACGUUCGGGUCAGGAAAUGCUGAGAAGCUCGAUAAAACUCUGUGGAGCCUCGGUGCUCCAGCCCCUUGCUGAUGGAGUCCCUGGCCGCCAUGGAGGAGCCGAGAGAGCCCUCAGAAAGCCAGGAGUUCGCUGAGCUGUGGCUGCAGAACCUCAUGGUGGAGCAGCCUGAAAACAGUUCCUGGGUGAACGAUGAGUAUCUUCCCGAGGAUCUUCAGGGUGUGUUUAACGAACCCCUGUUUGAAGUUGCGUCUGAUUCGCCCCAGCCGUCCACGUCUCCGCCCACUCCCACCAUCCCUGUAGCCACGGAUUACCCCGGCGUUCACGGCUUCACCCUGCGCUUUCAGCAGUCCGGCACCGCCAAGAGCGUCACCAGCACUUAUUCUCCUGAUCUGAAUAAGUUGUACUGUCAGUUGGCGAAGACGUGUCCGGUGCAGAUGGAGGUGAACUCUCCUCCUCCACUGGGGGCGAUGUUGAGAGCGACGGCGGUGUACAAGAAGUCGCAGCACGUAGCCGAGGUCGUGCGGCGCUGCCCGCACCACGAGAGAGCCGCCGAAAACAACGACGGUCUGGCUCCUCCCGGUCACCUGCUCCGUGUGGAAGGAAACCCUCAUGCACUCUAUCAGGAGGACGAUAACACACAUCGCCACAGUGUGCUGGUGCCCUACGAACACCCACAGGUUGGCUUGGAAUCAACGACCAUCCUCUAUAACUACAUGUGUAACAGCAGCUGUAUGGGGGGCAUGAACCGACGCCCCAUUAUGACCAUAAUCACCCUGGAAACACAGGAGGGGCAGCUGCUGGGCCGGCGCUCGUUUGAGGUGCGGGUUUGCGCCUGUCCGGGGCGGGACAGGAAGACGGAGGAGUGUAACUUUAAAAAGCAGCAGGAACCAAAAACCACCAGCAGCAGCAAAACUCCCGCCUCCAACAAACGCUCCCUGAAGGAGGCGCCCUCCCGUCCAGACUGCAGCAAAAAGGCUAAAACCGGCUCCAGCAGCGACGAGGAGCUCUACACACUGCAGGUUCGGGGGAGGGAGCGUUUUGAGUUUCUGAAGAAGAUUAAUGAUGGUUUGGAGCUCAGUGAUUUAGUGCCCCCUGCUGACGCCGAGAAAUACCGCCAGAAACUUCUGUGUAAAAGCUCGAGGAAGGAGAAGGAGGCGGCGGCUCCAGAACCCAAACGAGGGAAGAAGCUGCUGGUGAAAGAGGAGAAGAGCAACUCCGAAUAAACCGAGAGAGAGAGAGAGAGAGAGAGACUAUUCCUUUAUUAUUUUCAGCUUCGUUUCACCUUAAAAACAGGGGGAGGGGAGUAAAAUUACUGUCAUUUGUUUUUUUUCCUAUUUUUUCUGUUUUUUUUAUACGUGUCCCUGAGGUCUGUUCCCUUAUUGCUGCUGAUGUCCUGCACCGCUCUGCAGGUCCUGAUCUGAUCUGAUGCUCUGCAGGACGUUGGGGAGAUACAGGGGGUCAGCGGUUCGGCUGAGUAACAGUUUAGUAGGUAAAUACUCUCCGUUAGUAUCUGAUCUCCGUAUCUGCUGUAUCUGUAGAACCUGGUUCAUCACCUACAGACCAUCAGUUCAUUAAUGUAUUAGAGCCAGGGUUUAACUCUAACUUUAAAUAUAUACCAUAUGUUUUUGGACUAUAAGGUGCACCAGAUUAUAAAGCACAUUAAGUGACACUAGAAAGGAACAGUGGUGUCGCCAUGUUUUCCUUCUAAUGGUGAAGCUGGGGAAAGCGCCUAAAUAAACAAAACUGUAAUUCUUAAAAUAAAAAACAUUUUCUUCUAAGUCAAACAAGUGUUGGAUGUUAAUCUAGUUGCAGUUAGCAGCACUAGCCAGCACCGGUUGAGCACUAGCCGUGGUUAGCAGCAUAGCUAGUUGCUGUUAGCAGGGCUAUUCAGCCCCGGUUAGCAGCGGGAAAAUGGAAGGAUUUUUAGUGCGACUUAUAGUGCAACAAAUUCGAUACUCAAACUUGGUUAACUUAUAUGUAAUGUGCAAUAACUACACACAUCUUUAUUUUAGAUAUUUAAAAUACUUUCACUCUACUUUUACCAUUGCAUGAUUUAAAUAGCUUAAAUUAUACUUUUUUUGUCUUGCUUUCAUUGGUCGGUAUGAAAUCGGUUGCUAAAAUUUGGUGCAUCACUAACUUUUAGUCACAGUAAUAAUUUAUGUUUAGGCUCAGUUAACUCUGAGCUUUAUUUGUUAGCGGGUCUUGCCAAUACUUCUAGUACUUUAACUGUAAUUUAAAAGGUUCAUCUUAGCCAUUUAAUGAGGUGGAGCCUGUCUAAACUCCGCCCACAAAGAGAUUAUUGGACCAAUCUGAAAAGUAAAAGUUCUGUUUCAUUUCAUUCAAUUCAUACUGAUUAUUUUUUGUUAACAUUUAGUUCUAGAAGUCAGGUUAGAACUAGAUUAGAGCGUUUGAAUGGUUAAAAGUUUGGAUCAGAGCUGUAGAAGCUAAAAUCCACUUUUAAAAGGAGGUGGUUUAGUUUUAUCUCUAGCACUUAACCCUAAAACACUCCUAUAUUCUGUAAAAUUAAGCUCACACUGUCCUGUAGUGAUGUUUUUAAAGGUUCUGUUACUCAGAUUCUGUUCUUUUGGGUAAUUUUUCUAAGUUCAGUUAAACCUGAUGAAAUGAUGGUCUGUGCUCAUCAGUCAUACAGAUACUACAGAUACUGAUUGAGAUCAGAAUGAUCAAAACCCGGACUAUUCCUUUAAAUGAUCUCUGUAACCGUUAGAACCCAUCAGUAUUUUAAUAUUUCAUUUUAGUGACUCCUCCCACCCCACACUGCCAGUAAACACGAUAAGCUAAAAUUAAUUUUAUUCCCAAAUCAGAAUAAAAAGUGAUAAUUUGUCGAGUUUAUCAAGUUAUUGAUCACAGCUGACCCUGUUUACUCCCAAACUGCCUGCUGUCAAUUAAUCAAUAAAUUAAGCGAUCAAUUGAGCAUUACUGUAAAGAUGUAAUUGGUUAAUAAGUAUUCUGUACUAUAUACUAUAUACUUCUGUACUCUAGUUACUGUAGAAUACUCUUGCUAUGAAUUGAGGUAAAAUACCUUUUUUGUAUUUCUAGAGAACAGGUUCUGAAAUUUUAACCCCUUAACAUGCAAGAAUUUUUGUAAAAUUUCUUAAAAUCUUAAGAAAAAUUGUCUUUAGGCAUUUCAUAUAAAAGUUUCAUGUUUGUUAAGAAACAUUACUGCAAAUCUUAGUUGUAAUUGUAAUAGAAAAUAUCGAAAAAAAACCUGAGGUAAAUCUGCAACUGUCAAAACAAUAAAUAAAAAUCAUAAAAUUGGCACUUUCCUCCUUAAAAUCUAAAUUUUGGUAAUACAGAAUAACAAUUUCAUGUCCUCCAAAUUUUUCAUUUUGUUACGAUUGUCUAGAUUUUAUGUCUUUUUUCAAUCAUUCACAAUUUGGGGUUGAUUUCUCUUAAAACUGACGUAAAAUUAUUAAAAGUACAGAGUGAACAUGCAGCUUUUCCAACUGUCCUGCUCUCAAAUUUUUUAGAAUAGCAAUAAUUUAUUUAACUGCAGGCCGAGUUAAGGGGUUAAAAUUGAUUUUUACCUAGGUGCUUGGUUUUUCAAAUAAAAGUAAAAGCAUGUAGAAGGUAAAUUAGUUUUUAUAAAGUAUUAAAAAGGGUUCUACUGACAUCCAGCAUCACUACCACUGUGUUAGUACACAGACUACUGACCUUGUGCUUUUAUAGUACUUUAUACUACUUUCAGAGCCCUUUUUAGUCUGUACUUUUAUUUACUGUAAUAGUUCAUAUUAAAGAUCAGUGAAUAAUGUAAUAAGUAUUGCAUAUAUAUGCAGUAACCUUAAAUACCUUAAAUUAUAUACCCUAGUACUUUCACGAGCCAGUAGUUUUUUUUUUUUCUGUAGUUAAGUAUUACCAAGAGUAUUUCUAUUUUAACUGAAGUAUACGAGUAUUGUACUUCAGCCACUUUCACGAUUAAAAGGUUCUUAAAUGGGUUUUUUGUUCUAUUUAGAACCAACAGAACCGUUUGGAUGCUUUAAAAAUGGUUUAAUGUAACAGUAAGAGAAAUCAGUUGAUUUUGACGCUUUUUGUACUUUUUAAGGUUAUUUUUUAUAACUAACUGUUCUUCAGGGUGCAGGAACGUAUGUGAUGAUGGUUCUCAGGGAACCGCUAGAUUGAUCAAUUUGUCCUACUUUUAUAUCGUUUGUCAUCCAUGAUUUUGUACACUUUUGUUUUUUGCAUUUAUACACGUUUAUCUAUAACUGUAGUUCAUUAACUGUAGACUUCUAACUUUUUUUUUUCCUUUUUUUUCCAAAAAAAUUUUACAAAAGUAAUAAAAAAAUGUUUCUUUACAAA